CGGAAGAGCGUGGUGCUAUUACGACAGUCGAAGUUUGCGCUGGUUACGUUUGGGACUUUUCCUUUGUGUCGUGUUUACUUUCUCGGGCUCGAACAUGUGCGUUUAGUCGCAGCAGCGGUCGAACUGAUACAUGUUUAAAAAGAUGGCCAAAGAAAAGCGACACCGGAGAAGAGAGUCGCCGGAGCGGGAGAGCAAAGUGAAGAUAAAGGAGGAGAAAGUGAGCCCCGUUAGGCCACAGACCUCCAGCGGCACCUCCAGUCCCCAGAGGAGGAGAACCAGCAGGUCCCCGGGCAAGACGAGGGAUCGCUCCCCGAGAAGAGGCAGCAGAUCCCCGCGGAACCGGAGGAGUCCCCAGCGAGCUGCAGCCGAUGUCAAAAUAAAGCGGGAGCGGGAUGAGCACCGGGCUGCUGAUGGUGGUGCGGGUGGUGGUGCCUGUGGUGGUGGUGCUGGUGGUCGGAGGAGGAGACAAAACGACCAGCCGGAAGAGGGGCGGAGCCGGUGGGAAUCGGACAGGCCGCGGGAGAGAGAGCGCGGCGGUGGAGACAGACACCGAGACCGAGAAGCGCUUUCCUCUCAGCAAGCCGAGCGGCAGCAGCACAACGAGCGGCGCCGGGAAAACCACCAGCGGCGCGGGGAAAACCAGGAGCAAGAUUUCGGAGCGCCUGACGGAGGGGGUGACGGUGCAGAUGCUCCUCCCGUCGAUAAGGAGAAGCCCGACUUUGGGCUGUCGGGGGCGCUCACCGAAGACACCAACACAUUCCGAGGGGUGGUGAUCAAGUACAACGAGCCAGCCGAGGCUCGGAUUCCCAAGCGCAGGUGGCGACUUUACCCUUUCAAGAACGACGAGCCCCUCCCGGUCAUGUACGUUCACAGACAGAGUGCCUACCUGUUGGGGCGGCAGAGGAAAAUCGCUGAUAUCCCCAUUGACCAUCCAUCGUGCUCCAAGCAACAUGCAGUGUUCCAGUAUAGACUGGUGCCGUUCACACGUGCAGAUGGGACCUCCGGCCGCAGGGUGAGGCCUUACGUCAUCGACCUUGGCUCCGGCAACGGCACCUACCUGAACAACCAGCGUAUCGAAUCCCAGCGCUACUAUGAGCUCAAAGAAAAGGACGUUCUCAAGUUCGGCUUCAGCAGCCGCGAGUACGUCCUCCUGCACGAAUUCUCAGACACGAGCGAGGUGGACGUCAAGCAGGAUGAGGAAGACGAGGAAGACGAAGGCCUCGACGAGUGAAUCGCUCCCAUGGACUCUGUUGCCUCGGUUUAUUCCGGUUAGACAGCAUCGUCAUCGAUGAUCAACAAAGAGCUGUUUCUGUAGGGAAUGGAAGGAUGAAUUAAACUGUGGGACUUAGCUAGAACAAUGGAACAAGGCUGGUUUGUGUAUUCUGUAAUUUACCGAACUCUUGUUUAAACCUGCCACAACUGUCUCGUAGAAGACUUAUACUCUCAGGUUGUUUGUGCAAUGUCUGUGUGAUGCAUGACCCAUCUCUCAUCUGACAGUGCCCAUCAUUUACAAAGUGCUCAGUGCCAGGUAACGAUAUCUUGCUAGAUACAAUAGUUAAAUUUAUAUUUUUGGAUCUCAGCACUGAGUACAAAGUAUACCUGAAGACUUAUCUUUCGUCUGUAUUUCAUGUGGAAUGUGAACUUUACAUUCAUGUUAAAUAAGCACCGCUUAUUGCCAGAGAAAACAUACAUACAACUUUUAGUCAUAUUGCCUUUUUGCUUUUGUAGUGCAGGGACAAUAGUUGAUGUUGUGUGUAUUUAAAGACUCCCCUUUUAUUUUUGUCUGUUCGGAGGCCCACAGCAUUCAUAGUAAGAUUUUCAUUUUUCUACUGUAAAUAAAAAAAGAAAAAGUC